GACAACUAUCACGUCCCGAGGCACAACCUAUUUUAAAGCUUCGACCUAAGAAGGCUAAUGAAAGUGGUAAUCUGCAGGUUUCCGCUACGACUGCCACAUACAAUAGGCAAACUACAACGGUUUCUACUGCUUGGCAGGUUUCCUCUACGACUGCCGCAGACAAUGGGCACAUUGCAUCUGCUUCUACUGCUGGGAUUGGGGUAUCAUCAGGUGUAGUUGACAUUCUCAUAGUCCCAACUUCCGAGAUUGGUUCUACCCAAAUUUCGAAUGGGUUGGAGUUGACGUUAAAUCAGGCUGUUGUAAUGACUGAUGCUGAAGUUAUUGUUGCUGAACGAAUUCCUAUUCAGGCUAUUGGGCCAAGUGUAUCACUUGGUUUGUUUGAGGUUGAGUUUCAUAAGAUACAAAAAUUCGAGGGUUCGCUGGUUGGAUCUUCUGCUCAAGUUAACUUAUCAACUAUGAUCGAUGAUGGUAUCAAAUCUGCUGCUGGUCAUAUCAUUCAAGAUGUGGUUGUUCGAGUGAUUCAAGAAAAUGCUGAAGAGGCUGCUAAUUAUGCUGGUGUUGCUGCCUCUAGUGUUGAUGGAUCCAAAGGGGAGGAGGAGGAUGUUUUGGAAGAGCUUCCCUCUCAGGCAGGAAAUCUGUCGCCGUGUCAUCCACCUCGCCACAGGAAUUUGGUGGAGCUCUCGCAUCCUCUCGUUGAAGCGUUGAAUGUUGAUCAAGUGGCGGUGUUUGAGCAAGGGUUCAGUCCAGCUAAACAUAGGGGUAUUCGUGCGAAAUUCCCAUCAGAUCGAUAGGGAGCUCAGAUGUACUUCUGCUGAGAGGCAUUAUUUGUGGAGGGAUUUGCUUCAAGACAAACCAUGUGGAGCAGUUUGGUGUAUUGUGGGGGAUUUCAAUGUGAUUGUGUAUUCUAGUGAGAAGAAGGGUGGCAAGCCCUAUCAUCCCUCUGAGGGGUUAGAGCUUUUGGAUUUUAUGAACAAUGUUGGCAUUUUUUAUGUUGAGUUUUUGGGUUCCAGAUUUACAUGGUGCAGUAAUAGGUAUGGCCGGGCAAGAAUUUGGAAAUGGUUGGAUCGAAUGCUGAUUAACAUUGAAUGUUUAGACAUGGCUUCUUCGAUUUUGGUUUCCCAUUUAGUGUGUGAACCAUCAGAUAAUGCACCGCUCCUUAUUUCCUUCUCUUCUAGGUUGGAUAACAAGUCUCGCUUGUCCAGAUUUCUAAAUAUUUGGACUUCAAAUGAUGGUUUAAGGGCUGUAAUAAAGGCAGCCUGGCAAGUAGAGGUGACAGGUUCUCCAUUCUACAUUGUACGGGUGAAAUUGUGUGGUGUUGCUAGAGCUUGCAGUAGUGGAACAAGGAGAUAUUUGGGGAUGUCUUCUGCAACGUGAAGAAGGCUGAGAAAGCUGUACUUAUAGCUGAAAACUGCAUGCAGUUGGAUAACUCAGAGGAGGCUCAUAUUGAAUUACAACGGGUCAAGACCGAAUUAAAAAGGGUAUUGGCCAUUGAAGAGCAGUUUUGGCGUCAAAAGUCUAGAAUUAAGUAGCUACAGCAUGGAGAUCGAAAUUCACGAUAUUUUCAUUCGGUGGUCAAACAGCGAAGGUUUCAGGCAAUGAUUCAUAGAAUUAAAGACGUGAGUGGUAAAUGGAUUAUGGAUGACGAUGAAAUAGGAGCAGAAGCUAUUGGAUAUUUUGGUACAUUGUUUUCGGUAGACCCUAUUCCUGAGUAUCAAUUGUUGCAUGCUAUCCCUAACUUGAGCUCUGAUAUCAACAAUAAUUUGUUAGAAGCAAUCCCAUCAUUGGAUGAAGUUAAGAAGGUGAUCUUUGACAUGGAUGGGGAUAGUGUAGCAAGACCGGAUCGAUUUACGGGAAAGUUUUUCACAUUUGCUUGGGAGAUGAUAGCUCAGGACGUCUACGAGAUGAUAGUAAGUUUUUCUGCAGUGCGGAACUUCCUCAUUUUGUAACUGUUAUGUCUAUUGUCCUUAUUCCAAAGGUUAUAAAUCCUUAAGAUUUUACCCAAUUUUGCCCUAUUAGUGUUUGUAAUUUUUUGUAUAAGGUUAUUUCUCGGAUAUUGGCAAGCCGUUUGGCAUCUAUUUUUUCCUAUAUUAUUUCCCCUCAACAAAGUGGUUUUGUGAAGGGGUGGACUAUAUAUGAUAAUUAUCUUUUAACUCAGGAGUUGAUAUCUAACAUUGGUAAGAAAUUCAGGGGCGGAAACGUGGCGUUGAAACUUGAUAUGGCUAAGGCGUAUGAUAGGAUGUUUUAGUUGUUUAUAGUAAAUAUGUUGCAUCGUUUUGGAUUUGGGGAAAGGUUUAUUGACAUGAUUUGGAGGCUUUUGUCAAAUGUUUGGUUUUCUGUGAUAGUGAAUGGAGAGUCUUUUGACUUUUUAAAGUUCUCUAGGGGGUUUUGGGAAGGGGAUCCAUUAUCACUAGCAUUGUUUAUGAUUGGGGAGGAGGUGCUAUCUAGAGGCCUGAACUUGUUAGCUUCUCAAUCGGAUUUCUGGGAUUUAAAGGCCCUAGAAAUUAUCCCCCUAUUUCCCACCUGGCGUUUGCGGAUGAUGUUACAAUUUUCACUAAUGGUUCCUCUCCGUCUUUGAAGAAAGUUAUGAGUGUUAGAUUUGUAUCAAAAUGAUUCUGGUCAGUUAAUAAAUGCACAUAAAAGUGGCUAUUUAGUUCAUCCUCAGGGUUCGGUGGUUUGGCAUAGGGUUAUUGAGAAGAUCACCAAUUUUAAAAGGAAAGGUUUCCCAGUUCGGUAUUUAGGAUCUCCGCUAUACUUUGGUAGAUGCAAAAGUGCUUACUUUGCAUAUUGGUAUCAGGCGAUUGCUAACAAGGUGUUCUCGUGGAAGUCUCAGUUGUUAUCUCAUGGUGGUAAGAUUAGUUUGAUUAAACAUGUGCUUUCAAGCAUUCCUGUUCACUUGCUUACAUCGGGGGUAAUGUCUAAAGGUACAUUUCAUAUUAUUGAAAAGGUUUGUGAGAAUUUCCUUUGGGGUACAUACCAAGAGUCGAAUAAAUUUCAUUGGGUUGGAUGGUGGGAUCUUUGUUAUCCUCCGGAGGAGGUUGAUGUUGGGUUUCGAUCCAUUUAUGAGAGUUAUAGGGUAUUUUCAUGUAAGUUGUGGUGAAAUUUUAGGAGUAGAUCUUCAUUGUGGGCAAGUUUUCUGCAUGCUAAGUAUUGUUACGGAGUUCAUCCGUGUCAAACCCAAAUCAGCUCUGCAAGCUCGGGUAUAUGAAAAAGGAUGUUGGACAUAACGGGGCUGGCAGAGUUAUUUAUAUUUUGGAAGCUGAAUAGUGGAAGUUGCAAUUUUUGAUAUGAUAAUUGGGUAGGGUCAGGGGCUUUGUACCUAAAGGUUGAUGUGCAAGGGAAUGUGGGUUUUUAUAAUGCACUUGAUACUGGGGUUUGGAAUAGAAGAUUGUUGUAUCAAGUUUCACCGGUUGACAUUGUUAAAAAAAAAUUUGGAUAUGGAGGUUCCAGAUAGGAACUUACUGGAUGUCACAAUUUGGGCUUCAUCUUCAUCAGGCAUGUUUUCUUUAUCUUCUGCCUUCCAGGAGAUUCGGGAUGUAAGAAAGUCAUCAUUUGUGUGUAGCAAGAUUUGGCAUUCGCAAGUGUCAUUGAGAGUCUCCUUUUUUAUGCUGCGCUUGCUUCGGGGAAGAUUACCUUUAGAUGAUGUGUUAUCCUAGUUCCAGUUUCAGAUGCCUUCCAAAUGUUUUUGUUGUGUACACUCCCAUUGUGCGACGGCUAAACAUGUGCUUUUGGAAAGGGAGUUGGUUGUGGCAGUUUCACAUUAUUUUGGUUCGUCUUGUGGAAUUCGUUCUGUUGGUGAUCAUUUAAGGGGAUUGCUGGCUAGUUGGUGAUAUAAACUAGCAAGGACGGAACGAUUAAAAUUUAUUUUUCGCCUUUUGCCAAUAUUUAUUUGCUGGAACCUAUGGAAGGCAAGGAAUGUAGCUGUCUUUCAAGGAGUGAAAUUGGAUUCUCAAUCGGUUUGUCGAGCCAUCUUUUAGGACUUGAAGGAUGCAUAUUGGAUUAAGUUUAGAGAGUUGCAAGAUGUUGUUUACUGACCUCAAUUCUUGGGGUCUGUGGCGCAACGAUGCGAGGAGAUUACAAUAACAAUGGUUCAUUAGGUGUCUCCUCAGUUGCGGUAGGUUAAGCUCAAUAUAUAUAGUUGCUCGAAGGAUAAUCCAAAAGUGAGUGGAGGAAGGCGGAUAAUGCGGGAUUCCUUGGGGCGAUAAAUUUUUUCUUUUUUUUGCAUUUUUUGGAUCUGGUAGUAACAUGCAAGCUGAGGCCAAAGCUUUGUUGGUAGGGAUUAAACUAUGUUUUCAAUGGGGAAAUAUGCAGUUAGUGGUUGAAUCUGACUCGAUGGUACUUGUGCGGAUCCUGAAUACAAAGUAUCAGUGUCCGUGGUCUAUUAGUAGGGAACUAGAGUAGAUUCGUGUCUUCUUUUCUGAUAUCUUAAAGUUUCAACAUUGUUAUCCAGAGGCUAAUAAGGUUGCUGAUAUUUUGGCGAAUGAAGGUUGUGUCAGUCCACAGUUCGAGGUGUGUGCAUAUGAGCGAGUAGCUGAGUUACCGAGGCUGGCUAGAGGGGAGGACAGGUUGGACAUGUUAUCUUACCCUUCCUUUCAAAGGCGACGAAGUUCUAAAAGUCAAUCUCCUUGAAAUUUCUUUCUAGUUUGUAUUAUUUGAGGUAAGGCUUAUGCCCUCUUCAUUAUCAGUUUGGUAUUGUAAUAAACUUUGGGCUGGCAUCCAGACCCCGUGAACGAGGAUUGCCAAAAAAAAUUAAUAUAGUAAGUUGAAAUAUGAAAAUUUAUUUGUUUCAUG